CUCUCACAAAAUAUUUGGAGAACUUUAAAUGCAAUGCAUAAAUACACAGACCACGGAACUGUGAAAAAUAAUUCUCCAUUGAUACAAGAUACUAUCACACUCUCUUUCUCUCUCUAAAACCUCUUUCUCACACAACACACACUAAACCUAGCCAUGGUUCAAACCAUGCUAUUCUCUGCUAGUAGUACAGUUUCUGGGCACGCAUUGGAUCUGAAGAAGGAGCAAUUGAUGAUUCAGAGACUGAAGCCAAAGCCCUUUUCUCAUUUCUUGUUACCACCUAAAACUUCAUCUCCUUUAUCUUCAUCAACUACAACUGUUGCACUCUUCAAGUCAAAAGCAAAAGCACCCGCUAAGAAGAUUGCAGUUGUGAAGGAAAAGACAAAGGUAGAAGAUGGCAUUUUUGGGACCUCUGGAGGAUUUGGUUUUACAAAGGAAAAUGAACUCUUUGUAGGUCGUGUUGCCAUGAUCGGGUUCGCGGCAUCUUUGUUAGGAGAAGCAGUAACAGGAAAGGGAAUUCUGUCACAACUAAAUUUGGAAACUGGAAUCCCCAUUUAUGAAGCUGAGCCUCUUCUUCUCUUCUUCAUCCUUUUCAAUCUGCUUGGAGCCAUAGGAGCUUUAGGUGAUCGUGGUCGUUUCGUCGACGAAACUCCGACCGGACUUGAUAAGGCAGUUAUAGCUCCUGGCAAAGGAUUUCGGGGUGCAUUAGGUCUUGGAGACGGUCCAUUGUUUGGAUUCACAAAAUCAAAUGAAUUAUUUGUUGGAAGAUUGGCUCAACUGGGAAUUGUUUUCUCCAUAAUUGGAGAAAUUGUGACAGGAAAAGGGGCUCUGGCACAGUUGAAUAUAGAAACUGGAGUGCCCAUAAAUGAACUUGAACCUCUUCUGUUGUUCAACAUCGUAUUCUUCUUUAUUGCUGCCAUUAAUCCUGGUACUGGAAAAUUUGUGACUGAUGAAGAAGAAGCAUAAAUAUUAUGUACCUGGUUUAUUAAACUAAGGAGAAAUUAAAAUACUUCCAUGUAGUAUUUUGUAAUUAGUGGGAACUUUGUCAUUUAUUUUUAAGAGUUUUUAUUCGACUUGAUCUAUGUUUUUUCUUAUUAUUUAAGUAUCUAGUUGGUCAUUACGAUUU